AUGUCUUUUGGCCGUGGAGGUGGUCGAGGCGGUCGAGGCGGUCGCGGUGGGGGAGGAGCUGGACGCGGGGCGCUGGCAGACUUGUCACUCGGAACUCUAUCCUUUGCCGACCUUCUGGCGACAUCUCGUGCCGAUAUCGGUGAUGUACUCUACCCUACGACAGGCGUUAAUCUCCCAGUAACCGACUUGCCCUCCAAUCAAGAAGCUCAAACGGUCGCUUCUGCGGUCGAUCGAUGGCUUCACCCAGCCCAUCCCUCAUCCCGUCAGCGCUGGGUUAUCGAAGGGGAUCUGAAACCGAAUGCUGGAUCAAAUAAAACCAAACAACGUCAAAGUCUAGCGAAACCGUUCAUUCACCAGUUCUCAAAACUCGAUCUCCAGCCGGAGGCUUCUUCCGAGGAUUGGCUGUACUCUGAUCGGUACAAAGCUUCAAAUUCGUCCGAACGCGGAACAUCAAAACAAGCAACUGGGACCUCAACUGAUUCGAAUAAAUCCAAAUAUAUCCACCUUUUGGAAAAAUCCUUCUUUCCACCAGACCUAUGGACUAGCUUUUCUGAAGGUAAAAAAAGGACUACUGUCAAGAAGACGAAGUCGAAACGUGCAACCGGCAAUAAUGUAAAUAUUGCCCAGAACUAA